GUGCCCAUUUUGCCUCGGGUCGUGUGGUGCGUCUGGCGUUGGUCCUUCUCCUCAGGGGCGAGGGAACGUGGCGACUGGUCCCACACAGAAUCGGAAGAACAUCCAAUAACACACCAGAACGAAGGAACGAACUAGAUUGUAGAAAACAAACUUCGGAAGUCAAAGCCAAGUGGGGUGCUUAGCUUUGUUUCAACAGGUCACAGUUUCUAUCAAUAUAGUGGCCAAACCACAAGGCUUGAUUGUAACUGCCUUGCCAUGGAAAUCAAGAUUCUUCCCUCAUGGUAACCAUGGACAGCUCUUAAAGGGUAUUGGUUUUAUUACCAAAUAGCUGGACAUCCAGAACCUGAAGAGGCUCUAGUAUAAAACCAACACUAGAAAUAAGGCCAUCCUUAUAGAAAACUAAAGAAUCAUUGCUUUGGUGUUGUCUUCAGAAGUGAGCUUGCAAAACAAAUUGGAACUUCAAGAUUGUCAAUAAUUAAAGAUACCUGUAUUUUAUUUGUAAAGUAUGGCUACUCUAAUGGCACACGGUUUUGUCCAUAUAUGGAGCAAGAAUACGGGGAUGUCUAAGCCCAAAGAAGCAUACAUUGGAAAAGUGGAAAAAAAGAAGAAUAUUAGACUGCUGGUCUAUUUCAGCACUGGAGAAUCUACAACUUUUCAACUAACUAAUAAUAUUAAAAGUGUGGUGCUUAGAUCCUAUGGAAGAAAACAAAAUCACCUGCAUUUAACUUUCCAAAAUAAUAGCUUCUUGUUUAUUGAAGGAUUAUCUUCUGCAGAUGCUGAAGAGUUGAAGAUGUUCUUGGAUGGAUUCUCUCAAAAUAAUCAACCAUCCAUGAAACCUGUUAAGGAUGGAGGGAUCUUUGCCCGCACAACAACACAGAAGGAAAUCAACAAAAGUUCAUCUCACGAAAUAUGUAGUAAGUCAAGUAGUGGAUCUUCAGAGACAGGAGAAGGACAUGGAACAGCCGAUCUUCAGCAGAAGCCUUUGUGUGCAUCAAAGUCAUCAACACUUACUUGCAAUGAUUUACCAGAAAAUGGACAGGAGAAGAGAAAAAGAAUGUUAUCAUCUGGUUCAGGGAUGGGUGGGAAAUUCCUGCAAAAGAAUAGCUCUGUAAGAGAGAAGAAAUCCGAGACAGAUCUCUUGACGUAUGUAAGCCACAAUAGGAAGAAAAAAUUGAGGUUAAAAAAUAAGAAGAAAUUAGCAUUUGAACACUUAUUCAAGACCGAUUCUGCUGGAAACCCUUACCUUCAGGGUGUUAGUGUUCUUCAGGUGCUUUGUGAGAAAAUAUAUUUGGCAUUUCUGUUGGAAGCAAAGUAUAGUGCAGAUAAGCCAGAGUGGGACAGACUCAAGAUGACCCUUGACUUGUACCCAGAGAAACUAUUGCAAGGCCUCCCCAAUUUGGGAAACACCUGUUACAUGAACGCAGUUUUACAGUCCUUAUUUUCGAUUCCGUCUUUUGCUGAUGAUUUAUUCAGUAAGGCUUCCCCAUGGGGUAAAAUUCCCCUUGAUGCUCUUAGCGUAUGUUUAGCACAGCUGUUUGUUUUGAAAGAUACUUAUAACAUAAAAAUCAAGGAGACGUUACUUGUGAACCUUAAAAAAACCAUAUCAUCAGUUGCAGAGAUUUUCUCUGACAACGUACAAAACGAUGCUCAUGAGUUUUUAGGUCACUGUUUAGAUCAUAUGAAAGAGAACAUGGGGAAAUUAAACACCAUAUGGAAGGCUAAAAUUGAAUCUGAAGAGGAGAAUCCAGCUCAACAGAUCUUUCCUGAAAGUGCAGCCACUGAAGUGCUCAUUUGUCCCGUCAUCAAUAAUUUUGAGUUUGAGUUGCUGCGCUCUAUUACUUGUCAAGCCUGUGGUCAUGUUGUUCUCAAGACCGAGGUGAAUAAUUAUCUCUCCAUCAACCUUCCACAAGGAACGAAAUCACUUCCUUUGUCUAUUCAGUCUGCUUUUGAUCACUUCUUUGGAGCGGAAGAGCUUGAAUAUAAAUGUGGGAAAUGUAAGCAUAAGAGUUCUGUUGCAGUGCACAAAUUUAGUAGGCUACCCAGGGUUCUUAUUGUUCAUCUGAAACGUUAUACCUUUGACGAGUUUUGGUCGCUAAGGAAGGAUGACCGGGAAGUCGUUAUUUCCACACAUUUAGAUAUAUCAUCUCAUUGCAAUGAAACUACCAAGCCACCUCCUCCUGUGAGCAAGAAUGUGCUUACUAGGGAUUUCCAAAUCCUAAAAGUCUUUCACAGCAUAAAAUUUGGAAACUUCUUUCUAUUAACACCUUCAACAAAGCCAACCUUGGCAUCCAAUGAUUCUCUGAUUCCACACAUUGGACCAGACAAAGAGUCUGAACCACAAAAAUGCCAGAUUCUUUGUGAAGGAUCAAAUGGAGAACAGAAAGAAGACCUGGGAAAAUGUCCUAAACCGAAUAUAACUGAGUCUGAAUUAGUAAACUUAGGAAAUAGAGCAGUCACUGAAAAAGAGCUAUUAGCUGCUGGCUUAAUGAUGGAUCUUGAAGCAACGUCCCUUUCUCAGAUCCAGAAAGAUGAAGGUAAACCCACCAGUGGUCCAGACAGGUGUCUUGCCGAAGUUUAUCUUCAAGAAAUGUUUGAAAAUCUAAAACAAAAGAAAUAUGAGACAACUAAUACGCUUGUAGAUUUCAAGAGUGGCACUGAGACUAUUGAAGAUACUUAUAAACGUGAAAAAAACGGAAUUCCAAAAGAAUGCCAAAAACCGACUAAACAGACCCAGCAUGAUGAAUGGAUGAAAAUCUAUGAACAAGCCCUGCGGCAGGCACUGCUUGGAGCCCUCUUGAAGACACGUACCCGCUGGUAUGCAAAGAACCUCAGAAAACCUGCAGAAUUACGUCCCCAGGAGGCCAAAGCAAAUUCCCUAGGGGCACCGGGUUCCAAUAAAAACCCUGGAAACAAAGACUGUUUAAAUAAGGAGAAGUCAGAAACUGAAGCCACAAAACCAAAAAGAAGUGGUAAGAUGAGUGAUCUCAAUUCCUAUCGGCUCAUUGCUGUUGUCAGCCAUCUUGGGAAGACCCCAAAUUCAGGCCAUUAUAUCAGCGAUGCCUAUGACUUUGAGAGGCAAGCGUGGUUCACUUACAAUGAUCUACAGGUAUUGAGUAUCGAAGAAGAUCUCAUGCAGGAGGCUAGGCUUUGCACCGGGUACAUCUUCUUUUAUAUGCACAAUGAUGUUUUUGAAGAGCUGUUGAAAAGGGAAGAGAACUUCCAGUCUCGUAACACAAAGGCAGGGAAGACCGCUCAGAAGUAAGUGGAACAGGCUCCUGGUUGCACACAUCUGCUUGACUACCUCAUUGGUUACCACUUCCUCUAUGAAAGGAAAACUCCACUCUAGCCAAAGAUGAAGAGGCAGAUGGCAUCCAGGGUCAGAAUUUAUGCAGAAACACUUGGGGAAAAUCUCUAUUCUAACCCUAAUACAGAUAGGUCAAUCCCACAGUUCAGCGAUAAGUAUUCCUUUCUAUUAGACUAGAAUUGUGUUCUCCAUAUUCUGGUGCAGUGGAUUUUAAGUGCAGUCUUUAAAUCAGCAGCAUCAGGAUCGUGGAGAAACUUCUGAGAAAUGCAAAUUCUUGGGUCCCACCACAUAAAUGCCAAUUCAGCAACUCUGAUGGGGGGUGUCAGGGUUGUUGGGGGUAGGGAACAGUAAUUUGAUGGAAAUUCCAUCAGAUGCUUGAGAAAUUUAGAGAACUACUGUUCUCUACCACCACAUAACUGCUAGUUCAGCAACUCUGACGGGGAGUGUCAGGGUUGUUGGGGGUAGGUAACAGCAAUUUGAUGGAGAUUCCAUCAGAUGCUUGAGAAAUUUAGAGAACUACAGUAGUGUGUUAGGUAUCUUGGUGGAUUUUGCUGUUGUAUAUUUAGUUACAUUUCUAAAGGAGUUUGAUUACAGUUUUUGUUUCUUAUAUUCACAUAUGCCUUUCCUUCAGAAACUUAUUAAAAACAAAAAACACACAGAGAAAUCACUCUUCUGCCGAUCAUACUUAGUGAUUUGACUUAAAAAAAAAGUUUCUGGAGUCCUGACCAAAAACAAAACGAAACAAAAACACACACAAAAAAACACAAAAUAAAAACAAAACAAAACAAAAAAACAAUUGCUGAGGUUUUGGCAAUAAAAAAAAAAUAGUUGCUAUGGUCCUGUCAAUAAAUAGUAAAUGAAUCUGGUAAUUUAUGAAUCAUCUUGGGCAUAUGCAAAUGAGACUAUAACACCAGGUCAAGUCUCCAAAUUGUUUGCUAGACUCCUUUUGCUCAGUAUCAAAAGGGUUAUAUACUCUCAAGCUUAAGGAUGGAGAAUUUAUUUGCCCUCAAGAAAUUGACCCACUUUUCCUAUUUGCUAGCCAGCUGUUCUUGGUGUCAUUUUAGUCUUCUCCAAGAGGCACUUGAUUUGCCUCAAAGGAACAUUGAUUUGCCAGAACUUUAUCUGAAGCCUUGAACAGUCCUCUGCAUUCAAUAUUAUAAGACUAAUUCCAGAUUUCUUUUAUUCCUCCAUAUCUUAUAGCAGUGGUGACCUUAUUCCUUCAAGGAAUAAACACACAAUGCACACUUUAGAGUGGACCUAUAGGAUUUGAAAGUGUUACUUGUCACCGAUUUUGUAUAAUGUUAUAAAACUUAAACCUAUUUGAGGUGCCUUUGAGGCAGGUACAGUAACACCUUGUACCUUUGUUAGGAACAAAUUACUUACACUAAAAGGCUUUCUCACAUCACAUGAAGGGACUGAAUUUUUGGUUCCACCUUUACCAACAUGGGUGUCCCUCCUUGUUUCUAGGGGGUGGGCUCGGUAUGGCUAUAUUAAUCCAACAGUUUGUUGGUACUUUAAAUCCCAGAGGCCUUUAAAGAGGUGAGUUGGAGUGUAGUGGUGUGGGGAAGUUAGAAAAUGCCCUUUAAGGGGAAAACCAGAUUCGAAAGUUAGGGAAUUCUAUUGCUCACAGCACAGUGCAUCUAGGAGGAGGUCUGAAUGAGACUUGGAGAUUGCAAGGUAGAUGGAGGCAGUUUGUUUAUUCAAGUUGUGUAGUACUUCAGCAGCUGUGGUGGUUGAAGGAUGAGGCUGGAGUUACCUUUAGAGGAGGGGAGGGACAGUUCGGUCACACAAUUCCAGGCUUUUGACCUCUCUAGAAUAGUUAAGUGUGAGCUCAGUUACAUAGGCAUCAAAGCAAGAGUUUUGGUAGGAGUGAGAGAAAAGUUAUUUUGUUUUUAAAGGAGAAUGAAGAUGCCAGUAGCUUUGAGAUUUAGAAAUGUCUGGUGUGGAGUAUAGAAUAUUAUAAUCCUGAAUAUGCUGCUCUUCAGCAUGGAGCACUUCCAAAAUGCAGGCUAAACUAAAAGGUGAAGAAGAUGGUUGGGAUAUCCAGGAUGGGGAGGGUCUGUCCUCCUAGACAGAUGGCUUGGGUGGAACCCUUCAUUGCCCUGUGAGAAAAAAUUUGAGGUGCACAGUGAGCAGCUGCAUACCAUCUGUGUGUUACACUGUUAUUUAAAUAAAAGAUUAAAAUAAUUCUUAGGUGA